UGUUGGCCCCUGAGUUGCAAUUGAAUUACAGAAAUGGUGGGUGGUCUGAAGAUGGUGUCUCCGCCGCCCCCGUCUCCGGCGAGGGUACGGCGGCUACAGGUGGUGGCGAACGGCGGUGGGUUUCCGGCGUUUCUGCCGAAGGAGGUGGAGAAGAUAAGAGACCCGUUUGCCAGAGCUCUUGCCCAGCGGAUCGUACGGAUUCCCGUUCCUCUUCAGAUGGAGAAGUUCAACGGAUGCGUGAUGAGUAGCUGCAUCAAGCCACUGGGACAACAGCACUGCGCCAACCCCGUCGUUCUUCUCCAUUGUUUCGACAGCUCGUGCUUAGAGUGGCGAUGCACCUACCCUUUGCUCGACCAAGCUUGCCUCGAGACUUGGGCUUUAGAUGUUCUUGGAUGGGGCUUCUCCGAACUCCAGGUGCUUCCGCCGUGCGAUGCGGCGUCUAAGCGGCAUCAUUUGUUCCAGCUGUGGAAGACGUAUAUCAAGCGGCCGAUGAUUUUGGUCGGACCGAGCUUAGGUGCCACCAUUGCCGUUGAUUUCGCCGCUACCUAUCCCGAAGCCGUCCAGAAGUUGGUUCUCAUAAAUGCCAACGCUUAUUCAGAAGGCACCGGACAACUAGCAAAACUGCCGAAACUCGUCGCAUAUGCCGGGGUCAGACUCUUGAAGUCGUUCCCUCUCCGUCUACUGGCGAACGUAUUAGCGUUUCGUUCGGUACCCUUGCCCAAACAGAUCGAUUGGACCAACGUUGGCCGGUUACACUGUCGAAUGUCGUGGUGGGAAAUGGCGACGGUCGAUUACAUGAUCAGCGGAGGCUACAACGUCGCUUCACAGAUAAAACUCGUAAAGCAGAAAACGCUCGUUAUAUGCAGCGAGAACGAUCAGAUCGUCAAUAACCAGCUCUCGGUCAAAUUGCUGUGUGAGUUAAGGAACUCGGUUUUUCGGGAAGUACCAGGUAGCGGUCAUCUUCCUCACGUCGAGAACCCAGAGCACGUCGCCGAGCUUAUUGCCGAUUUCGCCCGGGAAGAUCUCCGGUGACAUCAUCUCCGGCGACCGUACACCCUUAAUUGAUGUAAAUGCAGCCAUUGUUGUAAUAAUUGUGCUGCUUUGCUCGAGUGCCUCGACAAUGUUCUAUUAGAUGGGGAUGUGAGAGAGCUAUAUACAUGGAUGGUUGGUCCAUAUGAAUUUGGAUUGGACUAAUCUUAAUCAAUGUAUGGUUACGGAAAUGACCAAACUCGAUUUUUUUCCCAUUAGUGUUGCAAACUAGAUGUUUUAGUAUUA